UACUUUCUUUUUGCUAUCAUUAGAUAUUGAUGUUGAUGUUAAUGUGUAUGAUAAAGCAGUUUUAGAUGAAUGCUGUUGACAAGUGUGUCGAGAAAGCAGAUUUCUGUUAAACCGUCGGAGUUCGGAGUUAUCCAUGAAUUGUUUGUGAACAGUAGUUAUCUUUCUUGAGAAUGAUCUUUCGCGCGUAAGAGUAAAAAUAAUACCAGUAGUUAAAAAUUACAGAAUUUCGGAUUGAUCAACGAUCGACAAAGUUCGAUGUGAUGUCUUGCACAAGCAAAUGAAAAGUUCAGGUAGUGUUUUGGUGAGCUACAUGAACUUACAGCGUCAGUCGCUACACUCGAAAGGUUUCGUUCUCAUCCGGAUAAACGACACGAACGGUGUUGUGAAACCGUUUGACUCAACCGGAUAGGAACAGACGACUUGUCGCCAUUAAUUGAUGCACAUAGGAAAACUUUUUGUGUAGAGAGCAAGCGAUUCUUUUGCUGCGAGCAUCAUGAGUUCGGAGACUGGCUCCAACGCCUCGUUCGCUUUUGUCGCCAGCUUUGAUGAACAAAGAAACAACUUCGCUUUCUACCUGGGCGGUGUGAUGGCGGCCAACUUUUUUCUUAUUCUCUUUGUUUCUUUCAUUCACAGAAGGAAACUUGCUGCAGUUGUUGUGCUGAGCAAACCCGGAGAGCAAUGGAUGGUUUACGAGUAUCUUGUGGUGCUGAAAACCUCCCUUAAACUAUGUGCUAGCCUGUCGCAUCACGGCCGAGUGAGUGUUCAGCUUCUAGGAAAUUUUCAGAACAGUCAAUGGUUCCAUCUGCGUCAGGAGGCCGUAGCACAGAAUAUUCUUAAACGCGGUCACACUGACACGUUCGUCGUGCACACUGCAGUGGAUCUUGGUGAGCUUCAGUGUGUCUCGAUCAAGCUAUCCAGCUGGCCGACUGGGUGGAAGGUUACCUGGAAACCGUGUUUCGUAGAAGUCAUUAGGUGCAGCAACCUGGAGCGAUGGGGAGCAAAAAUCUCCAGGGUCAUGAAGUGCAAAACAUCUGAAACUUGGACGUACGACCUGCUCAGAAACAAACGUGAGCGCAUGUCUUUUAUGAAGCUGCUGAUGAUUAACCAUUCCUGGCUUGCGCUGUUCAAUAACCCCCAUCGACUAGGUGCCUUUACCAGCAUCACCAGUGUCGUCGUCUUCUUCUUCACUAAUGCAGUGCUUCUGAUCACAACACUCUCUGCCUACAUCUUUGCUCACAUGUUGACAGAGGACACGAUGGCAAUGUACAAUCGCUCCGAGGAUGAUGUCAUCCUCUGCUCGGUCUGCAGCGCAGUCGUUUUGGGCUUUGUGCAGGUGCUGGAAUUGGUCCUGCGGAACAUUCGGCCUUCACGCGUCCGUCCGAACCAGCCAGCCUGGAAUGGACUGUGGCAUCCCCAGUUUCCUGUCAACCCCGAGUUCCUCGACAUCACGUAUGAGUGGGACCGCCGGGUUAAUGUCGUCUCUUACGUGGAUCAAAGGACAGCGUCGAUGUCCUCGCUUAUCUCUACCGACAGUUCGUUAUCGUCAUCUUCAUCUGAAUGUUUAUCUGAUGGUACUGUGCCUAUAAAUGUACCUGAGGUGCCUGAACAGAGGACGUUUUUUAGAUUUUUGUACGCUGACUCCACAACAAAGAAAAUUCAAGAUCACGUCAAGAUCGCCAUGGAUCAGAUUGCUGGUCGAGAGGUCUCGGGUGCGGUCUCGCUUCGGAAUCGUUUUCCCAACCGUAGGGGUAAACCGCUUCCAAGGUUCGAUUGGAAUUGCCCUUUGGACAUCAUAGAGGUCGAGCCCAUAGGACAGGAAUCUUCACGUAAAGAAUGUUUCUUCUGUCUUUGGAUAAAAACCCUUCCUGUCAGGGGCACAACUCUGCAACACUACAGUAUGCGGCUGGUACGCAACGUCCGACGUUCCUUUCGCGCGCUGGCGGCGAGUGAGACUCCCAACCUGACGUCCCUCUUGCUGGUCAUGUGCAUCCACCAGUGGCUCGCCUCCUUAAGCUGCCGCUUGCUGCGGGAGGUGGUGAGGCGCCUGGAUAACAGGACACCUCAGGUCCUGGCUUACCUUUACAAACGCCUCCUAAAUGAGGAAAGUAUUCUGUGGUUUGCGGAGCUGGGCUUUGCUGACGUCAGACCCGUGGCUUCAAUGGACGCGCUGCAAAGUAAGCGAAAUGUGAAGGAGUCGUACGAGACGGAGCGCCUGACAAACUUGUGCUCCAACUUCUACAUCGCCAUCCUGCGCUACCUAGCCUUUGUAUCCUACACCAAGGAUCACGACAUCUUUUUUAGAAAUCGUGCAAAACGCGAUGACUCUGAUAGUUCCGGAUCAGACGACUAUAAUGAUAGCCACAUUGUCUCCAGAAGGAGGAUGAACAAGCGGCGAACAAAGCAGCGAGGCAGUGGUCCCGACAGGGGCCGGGAACAUGAGAAGAAAGAAGAUCUAGGAAAUACUGUCCAGGAGGGUAAAUCAUUAAACGGUAGUUCGGGCGACGAUGUGGAUUUUGUAAAGAACGCACCCUUGUCAUGGAGUUCGGGUUCUUGCCUGUCUCUGCAAUCAUCCGAGUAUGACUUUCAAUGCUUAGUGCACGUGCAAGAUGUCGAGCAAGAGGCAAGUCCGGUCGCUUCUUCGUCACAUCUUGACGUGUUUGAGGUUGACGUUUUACAGUUCGACGACGAAGUCUUUCAGCCGACGUGCGAAAAUGGCGAUAAGAUCAAGCAAGCCAGGGACAGAUUCCCUACCAAUACGAACAAACAUUUCGAAUUUUUCAUGGAUCAGGACAUAGAUGACGCGACCAGACAGCACACAGAAGCAAAACACCUGUUGACAAACUCUGACGAUUCCUUUCCCUGUGUUCGUAAGAAAGCUGUACCAGGGAAAAUGGAUCGAUUAGUUCGAUUCAAAACAGAUGAUUCCAAUCCUCGCAGAGAAGUCUUACCUUGGCAGCAAAGGGAGCACGUUCCUAGUAACAUCGAUCCGAACGGAAGGAAACUUAACUCCCAGGAAACAGAUUCCCGUGGACGUGAAAGGGUUUCGGCUAAAAGAAGCCGUGAGUAUGGCUGUGUUGGGCUCAGGGAUCAGUUUUCAGUUCAAGUAGAAACAUAUGUGCCGAGUGCAAAAAAGAAGAGAGAGCAAGAGGAAACUAUGUUUAAACCAGUUGCAACUUGCAAAACCGAUAGAAUUCCUUUCAGAAAAAAGGAAGAAUGGCCAACAGAAAAAACUGUUUUUUCUGACUUGGAACUUUCGAUAACCGCGCACGGUGGUGAAAGGAAGAGACUUGCCAACGUCUCCAACAUUGAAAACUGGACGAAACUGGGAUUGCCUCAGCGUGGCAUGAAUAUAUCAAUGGAAAUGUUUCCAAGGCAAACGUCUCUUGGAAGAAGCACCAGCAAUCUAGAAGAAAGUGACGCAAGUGAUAACUCAGAUUCUGACUCUUUGAAUACGUUCAUGGUUGACCUCACAGAAAGGGACAGAAGCAACUCGUCCUUGUACAGUGCUAAGACAAGACGGACCAUUAGACAAGGAGGCAGCGGCAAGAAAUAUCUGGCAGGCCGCCGAUACAGGGGCUCAGAAAAGAAAAGAAAAUAUUCUUUGCCACAGACAUUUUCAUCGCAGUCAGUCAGCAAGCAAAGACGUUUUCACGACAGGGUUAAGUCAAUGGGACGCAAAGACAGCCGUACAGUCAGAUUCAUGCAAGGUUCACGGGUUGAUGCCCGUUCGACCUUUCGAACGUUGCGCCUCAGUGCGGCUUUUGAUGCGAAAUGGAAUCUCCCUUUGAAAAAUGUGUGGCAGGACACCAGAAUUUUUCACAAGCAAUCUCAAAGUACGAUACCCCGAGCGAACUUGACUCUUGUUCACUCGCUGUGUUCCAGCUUUUAUAACUGCUCAAACGAGUGCUACUUUACGGUGGAUUCGGCUAUGGGCAUUUCCUGCACGUGCUGCGACUACCCGCUGUGCCAGACGUACGCCGUUGUGUUCAGCCUCUUUGGAAAGUACGCCUCGAGCAUUCUGACUCGUCUGCUGCCGAAAGUGAACUCGCAGCUUGUUUCUAUGCAAUCAGCUCAUCAGACAUAUCAUCUGGCGCUUCGCCCAUCUCAUUCUCCUUCUGCCCUAAGAAAACAUCACGCUGCAUGGAAAGCAAUGGAGAAAAGUCUGGAGAAAAAAAUGGGGAAAAAAGUGUUUGAAUCCUCAUUGAAAAUGCGCCUUUUUUUAAAAAGAAACAAGAAUAAAUCUGCCAACGCUAACUGUUGUUCUAGUCAGUCGAGCAGCACAACGUCUUCGAGCUCGUCGGAAUCCAAGGCAUCCUCAAAGAAAAUGAACGUUUCUUUAAAAUCAAACGAGAAUAAAUUUGCCAAGGCCAACUGUUGUUCUAGGCAGUCGAGCAGCACGUCUUCAAGCUCGUCGGAAUCGAAGGCAUCAUAUGUUAGUACCAUGUGGUCUUCUGCCUCUAUCGAUCCCGAGGUGCUGGACAACGAAGUUAUACUCAUGGUUGAGGCUGUGAUUGAAGAGGCAAAGGAGGAGUUAUUUGAAGAGGUCUGCUAUCUGUUGGUGACGAAAACCAUCCUUGCCCAAGUUGUAGGUGAGGCCAGGGUGGAGAUUUCAAGGGAACUCAACGACCCUAUUCAGGUAGCUGUACGCAAGUUCUCCCACGCAAAAAUCGUGAGUCUCCUUCGCGCCCUGCUGCCCCAUAACUACGAAGAAGAUGAGAUCGUGACUCCUGAUGAAAUUCGACGACGGCGUCGACAACGGAGGCGCCGAAGCGAAAGGCACUACGAUCUGCGAGCACCGCCGAGAAUACCAUGGGGCUAUGAGGUUGUGGAGGACGUGUUGGAGAUGCUGACGUCGCGCUGGAUGCUGAACCUGGAAUACAACACCCACGCCUUCACCCUCACCUUCCUGGCCCGUAGUCUGACGUUGGCUAACCUGCACAUGCACGGGGACUGGCGGGAGUUACAGCUCAGACCGCUUCAGUUCAGAUUGCCGCGCAUGUCCGUCUUCGACUCCAUGUCACACGUUUUAGCGGUGCAACACAGGGUGGCUGAAGCAAUAGACGAGGCAGCCAGUGAAGUGCUGCGUCACAUCCCCCCGAUUGCCCUCACCGUCCAGCAGAAUGUGUCCGAAUCGUUCUAUGACCGCGAAAAGCUGGUGAUAUACGUGUGCGAGAAAGUAUCUAUACUCGAGCAGGCAGCCCUAGAUCAUUUGGCAGUGGCAGUGAUACAACGUGCUUCUGAAGCUGUUCAGGACGAGCUCAUACGUCUGGCUUUGGAAAAACAGCGGAUAGAGAGGUCUACACAGACGCUGAAAAGAAAGCGCAACGUGAGGUUCAAGACAUCAGACUACUCCAUCGACACCAAACAAAUGCGAUCCAUUAGGCUUGAAUUGCGAUAUGUGCAGGCAUUUCUCAAAUAUAAGAUUAACAAACUGAACUACUGGAACGCCAAGGAGUUGAAGAAGUACUUGGUGGCUACCAAACAAAUGCAAAAUCAGCAAGUCAGGCAAUGUAUACAGUUCAUGCUCGACUCCCGUGAUUUGGGCGUCGACACGAAAGCCGAGUACACCUUCCGCCAGCUGCAGGAAAUAGAGUGGAUAGUCUCUGACGAAAUCCACAACACUUUUCCCAACUCCCUGAUGAUGCCUUUGCUUCUAAUCAUGAGCCUGUUGACUGUCGUUAUCGUGUUCUUUACCUCGUUGAUGGCCUCCAGCCUCACUCCGGACACGGUGGGCCGCUGGUUCGGCCUGCAUGGCAUCGUAGUUGCCUUCUGGAUAUUGGUCAUGGAGCCAGUCAAGGUCUUCUGGUACAUGGACGUGGGCAGCCAGGACUCCGCUGUGCCGGGAAAGUCAAUGCAUAAAGUCGUCUGAUAUUUUGUUUUUGAGGUCGUGUAGCGUGGCGUGAACGAGGACUCGAGAACAGGGGAAAACGAAGGAGCAAAAUUCUCUUCAUUUUAACUCUGACUCACCACCUACAAAUAACAUAAACGUGUAACAAACUCGGGAAGAUACGUUUGUGACAAGUAUUUAACUGAAUUAAGAAUAGCAGUUAUUCUUCUCCUUUUUCCACUUAUCAAAAUUGUCAAACUUUAGUUAAAUUUUAAUGUGCCUUUGGUGAGGGUAGGGGUCUUUGUCCUUGAUGCUGGUUUCUCGGAUCUUUUGCUUGUUUUCAGUCUCUUCAAAUUUUAUUUGGCAUUUACUAUCUUUAACGUUGUAGUCUGCUGGCAGCGCCAGUGUAAGUACUGACCUUAAGGUCGAGCUCGUGCAUGAACUUUAAGUACUGGUGAGGUAAAAAGAAACUUUGCUGGACAAUGUUACUAGUUUCGUUUGUUGAUAUCGGUGUGAAAGUUAUUUGUUGCUCUCUUCGUUGCUCAAAGUUAGUACUUGGCUAAUGUACGUGACAGUUGUUUGUGUGUGCUUGAUAUUAUUCCUUUGUGUCAGUAUUUGUCCUGUAGGUAGCUAUAUGUACACAUACCUGUUCUUGAAUAUACUGUGAUAAUAUUCCUA